CGAAGCGUCGGUGUGUGUGUGUUCAAAUUCAAACCGGCACGCUGCAGUGUCAGUGUGUGUUAGCUGUUCUGUUGACGGUACAGUACUGGUGUAGUGUGUUAGCUGGUCUGUUGACGGUACAGUGCUGGUGUAGUGUGUUAGCUGGUCUGUUGACGGUACAGUGCUGGUGUAGUGUGUUAGCUGGUCUGUUGACGGUACAGUGCUGGUGUAGUGUGUUAGCUGGUCUGUUGACGGUACAGUGCUGGUGUAGUGUGUUAGCUGUUCUGUUGACGGUACAGUGCUGGUGUAGUAGUGUGUUAGCUGGUCUGUUGACGGUACAGUGCUGGUGUAGUGUGUUAGCUGGUCUGUUGACGGUACAGUGCUGGUGUAGUGUGUUAGCUGGUCUGUUGACGGUACAGUGCUGGUGUAGUAGUGUGUUAGCUGGUCUGUUGACGGUACAGUGCUGGUGUAGUAGUGUGUUAGCUGGUCUGUUGACGGUACAGUGCUGGUGUAGUGUGUUAGCUGGUCUGUUGACGGUACAGUGCUGGUGUAGUAGUGUGUUAGCUGGUCUGUUGACGGUACAGUGCUGGUGUAGUGUGUUAGCUGGUCUGUUGACGGUACAGUGCUGGUGUAGUAGUGUGUUAGCUGGUCUGUUGACGGUACAGUGCUGGUGUAGUGUGUUAGCUGGUCUGUUGACGGUACAGUGCUGGAGCGCUGGUGUACUGUGUUCGUCGCUGCUCUUCUUCUAUCAAAAUUUCUGUGGAUUGUAAUUGGAGGACUACUGUUUGGGCUGGACCUAUUGGACUGUGUGUGUGUGUUCGGACCUGGCAUACACACGUGUAUGUGUGUGUAUGAACGAUCUAUAUUGUGACUGAACAACACACGUGCAGACAGUAAUUGUUAGGAGGGUGUGGACUAUCCGUAUCUGGGCAGUGUGUGUGUGGAUGUGUGUGUAAAUGUCUGUGGCAGUGGAAUCAGGAAUGGACAGCACACUUCAGAGGAGAGGAGAGAGCCCCCCUGCAAUGGACUGCACGAACGGCGAGGCCCGACUGGGCCCUCCCAUCAUCAUGUGUACCCGUCCAUACCCAGACUGCAGUGUGGAGCAGGGGGAGUGUUGUGACAUGGACAGCACCAAUGAGAGCGGGGUGGGCUCUGACACCUCUGACGGGGGGCGGAGCAACGAGAAGGAGGAGGGGCUAGGCGGACUGUUCAACAAUUCUGGCCAGCUGAUUGGCUCGGCUUCUGCGUCCGUCUUCUCGGGGGAGGAGCAGUUUGAGGACUACGGAGAGGGGGAGGACGUGGACUACACUCCCAGCAGCCCUUGCCCCGACGAUGACGCGCGCACCAACGGCUUCUCAGACCUCGGCUCCUCUCUGCCCUCCAGUGCUGGUCAGACCCCUCUGAAGAUGUGUCACCUGUACAACAGUGAUGUGUUGGAUGUAUAUUGUUCUCAGUGCUAUAAGAAGGUUAACCUGCUCAACGACCUGGAGGCCAGGCUCAACAACCUCAGAGCCAACAGCCCCAACAGAAAGAUAUCCAGCACUGCUUUUGGACGUCAGUUGUUCCAACACAACCACAGUGCUUUUAGCAGCAGUCAGGGAAGCACAGAGGACCUGUUCAGAGACUCCAUCGACUCUUGUGAUGUGGACAUUACUGAGAAGGUGAGUUACCUGGAGAAGAAGGUGACAGAGCUGGAGAAUGACAGUCUGGCUAAUGGAGACCUCAAGUCUAAACUCAAACAGGGCAACACCCAGCUAGUACACAGGGUUCAUGAGUUGGAGGAGCAGCUGAAGGACCAGGAGAGCAGAGCAGAACAGACCCUGGAGGAAGAGACACAUAGACACAGAGAGACCUACUGCAAGAUGGAGAGAGACAAGAACACUGACAUAGAGCUGCUCAGUAACAGAGUUCAGCAACUGGAGGAGGAGAAUGGAGAGAUGAAACUGAACGUGUGUAAACUGAAGUCUCAGACUGAGAAACUAGACCAGGAGAAGCAGCGUAUGACAGACCGGUUAGAGGACACCAGUCUGAGGCUGAAGGAUGAGAUGGACCUCUACAGGAAGAUGAUGGACAAGCUGUGGCAGAACAGACAUGAAUUCCAGAAGGAGAGAGAGGCCAUGCAAGAGUUGAUAGAGGACCUGCGUCGGGAGUUGGAGCACCUGCAGCUGUUUAAGCUGGGUUCAGAGGCGGGGCGGGGGGCGGGGCUAUCAGAAUACAACGCCAAGACACGGGAAAUAGAGAUGGAGCAUGAGGUCAAGAGACUUAAACAGGAGAACUUUAAGCUGCGGGACCAGAACGAUGACCUGAACAGUCAGAUCCUCAGUCUGAGUCUGUAUGAAGCUAAGAACCUGUUUGCCAGCCACACCAAGGCCCAGUCACUGGCUGCUGAGAUAGACAACGCUUCUAGAGACGAGUUGGUGGAUGCUCUGAAGGAACAGGAGUGUGUAAACUUCCGUCUGAGACAGUAUAUGGAUAAAAUCAUCCUGGCCAUUCUGGACCACAACCCCUCUAUCCUGGAGAU